UUUAGCUCACAACUAUAAACUUCGAUUUUAUCUUUGCUUAUGUACAAAUCUUUAGAUUGGAGUUUAGUUCUUUUGAAGAUAUUUAAAAAUGUGAAAAUAUUAAUUUUUCAAUUACAUUUUUCACUACGGUUUAACUGGUGACAGUGUGAACGUUGUAAAACUUUUGCCAUUUGCAAUAUUACAUACGAAAAGUAUAUAGUUGUAGUGAUAAGCAAGUUGUAUUUGUCAAUAUCACCGUAUUUAUAUUUAGUAUAUAAGCGGACUGAAUUAAGGCAUGUCUUUAAUCAAUUGCAAAGAAGACAGUGCGAAGACCAAUAUACUAAUGGAGGAGGGUGACAGCAGUUUAGAACCUGGUGAAGUGAAAACACCUCCACAUGGCUCUGAGUCAAUGAAGCCAAAAACGUCUGAGGAAAUAAAUACCAAAUGUGGUACACACCAAUAUUUACCCUUCGUGAAAUCAGUCUCUAAGAAAGAGACUGACAAAUGUGCAGAGAAAGUGCGUGCUAUACUGGAAUUAGACGCAAUUAAACGGAAGGAAGAACUAGAACGUAAGAAAGAACAGAAGUCGGAGUUCUUAUCACUCCAAAAUAAAAAUAAGAAAAAGGAACAAAGGAGACACAAAAGUACUAAAGAAGAAAACAAGGUUGACGCCACUGCAGAUCAUAUUCCUGAUAGGUAUCAAGAUGAUUCUAUAAAAAAAACUAAAAAGAAGAACAUCCAUGAAGAUCAUAUAAAUUCUACUCGACCUAUUGUAGAGUCAUUCGAAAGCAUGCGAUCCAUUGGUAGUGCUGUUUCAAUGCCACUAUUGCCGCCAUUGGAUUUUGUUACACCUACAACUAAUGUAGCGUCCAAUUUUUCUCGUGGAUUUACAGGAAUGAAUAACAAUACGAAUUAUCGCUCAUAUAAUCCAUUUAUGAGAACUUACCGUACUGAUUUCCGGCAUAGGGGAGAUGAUUUCCACAAACACAACCGUACACGAUUCCCACGAUUCCGUUCACAAUAUAAUCCAGGGGGUUUUAACGCACCAUCGGAGGAGUCUUGCCAUUCAAUAGUUCAACCCACUAUACCUUAUUCACAGUUACUGUGGACCAAAACCAAACCUUCCAUAUCUUAUGCAUACAAUUUACAUGAUAGGAAUUCUUCUAAAAAUAGUAAGAAAGCAUCGGAAUUAAAUAUUUCGAAAAAGAAAAAGAACAAAAAGUCGAAAGAGCGGGAGGAAAGCAAGUCAAGUCAGUCAAGUCCCAAAAGUAGACGAAAAUCGAGUAAAAGAAAGAAAAUUAGAAAAAUUCGAGAAACAUUACAAUUACAACCGUUAAAAAAUUCCAUAUUUGCAAAUGACGAAGUUUUUUCAAUGAAAAUUAAUAAUUCAGAACCAAACGUCAGCUAUGAAAACCCAAUUGCAGAGAGCGUAGUCCCAAGUUCUUUACAAGCAGACACAAAUAACGAAAAUACAAAUGCUUCGAGUAAAACUGUCAACUCGUCGAAACCUCAAAUUUUGGAUAUGUUUGCAAGUUUGACUCCACCAAAGCAAGAUUCUCCGGCUAUCGACGUGAAAAACUCUUCAAACUCAUCAUCGAAUAUUCAGAUAACAAACAAGCUUCAAGAAAUUCAAGAUCGAAUAGGCAGACUACUUGAUGAUGAUGAACUUAAACUUGAAGUCAUACAAGCAACUAAGGAAAAACUAUUAAAAAAAUCUCUUGAGCAUAUAGGAAUUGGUCAUCCUAAGAAACUUUCAACAAAAAAAUGUGAGGGCUUGAACUUGCCGAUUGGUAACACAUCACCUAAUAGUUCAAAAACAGAGGACAAACUACCCGGAAAACUUUCAAAGAAACGUAUUAAAGAGAAAGAAUUGGUACAUGAAUCCCUAACCGAAACUAAAUUAAAAGGCAAAUCUUUCGAUAUCUUCGAAGAAUCAAAGGUUGAUGUAGGGAAGAAUACAAAAGGUGAUCCAGAUUAUUCUCUUGAUUGCUCUGAUGGCAAAAGUGUUAAUAACAUUUCUGUCAAUCUAAAUUCGUCAAAUUUUAAGCAAAAACCAAUUGAAAACUCACAAUUUGUAAAAAGAGAAUCUGACAAACUUACAAGUUCUUUAGAAGAUUCUCCUUGUGUGCUUUCGAAAUUUGUAACGUGUGUUAACAACGGCAGUCCAGAUACAGAUGACUAUUCGGAUAAUUGGGAGAAUGAUGAUGACGAAAUGGAUUUAAACUCAGUUUUUCCAAAUAUAAAUCAGCAAACUUCUAAAAAUGUCACAAAUAUCGGAAUGGAAAGUCCAUCGUCAAGUAUUCUGGACAGUGCAGAAUCAGAUUCAAAUUCAAAAGUGCAAAGUACAACUCCAAAAAAUUCACCACCUCCUCAAUUAUGCCCUUCACCGAAAUUCAGUUACGAUUCCAAAAAACAUCAAAGGCCAAAUAUAGUUUGUCAGGAAACAAAAGAUAUGCAAUUAUUAUAUAAUCAAUUUAUGAAAAGUGUUGAAAAUGCUGAUAUUGAAAGUGAUCUGAGGUCAAGUGAAAACAUGUCAAUCAGCAAGACUAAUAAGGAGAAAGAAAUCGAACAAUUAUCGACAUCAUCCACUUCUUAUUCGUCCUCUUCCUCUUCAUCAUCUGAUUCCUCGGUCUCAUCAUCGGGCUCGUCUAGUACUACGAGCUCAAGUGAUUCAGCAUCGGACGAUAGUAAUGAUACGGAUAUUAUUAAAAACAAUGAUUCAAAUGCAGCAUGCAUUAAUGAAAACGCAUCCGAAAAAGUCAUCAAACGUCGUUCAUCUGAUGGAGAAAAAGCGACACCGCUUACCGCCUCAAAGGAUGAUUCGAAGCCAAAUGUUGCCAGAGAUCUAAAGAAAUUAGAAAAUCUGGAAGCAAACUUAUUACGAAUACAAAUGAUGCGCGCUAAUUAUGAUUCAGCUGAUGAAAUAAGCGAUGAAUUAUUGAAAAUGGAGAAACUUUUCUUACACGAGAAAAAUAUCAUUUUAAAUAAAUUUAUGGACUCUUCAGCAAAUAAAUCAGUAAAGAUUGAAAAAGAAAGUCACAGCGAUUUGGAUACAAACAUCCAACCGACAGUGGACUCAAUACAAUCGGCUUCAUGCACGCGAGGACAGUUCGUGCAGUCCUUACAAAAAUUGCCAAACAAGGACGGUAUACCCGAAGUUUCAAAUAUAUUUAGCACAAAUCGAGAAGUAAUUAAAUUGACUAUAUCUCCUGUGAAGUUGCCUAAAACUUCUGCUAUAUUCGAAGUAGAUAAUGAUAUGGAAAAUUCUAAACAAGCAAUAGAUUCCCUUGAGAAAAAUAACUCUACGGUUAAACUACCAAAACCCGCAAAAGAAGUUGCAAUAGUCAAGCCUAUAAUGGAAACUAAGGAGUCAACAUCUGCUCAUCAUCAAAAACGUCGCCGAUCACCAAUAAUAUCCCACCAUACUCUCCAAUCAAGGUCUCGGUCGAGGCGAGGACGAGUGCGUUCACUGUCUGUGAGUCCCUCUAGAAAUAGUGGCGGACGCUGCAUAUCGCCUCAAAGACGCAGUGGUUUUUCAAAGCCAACACGCUACCGUAAUUUCGAGCGCCGAAGCCGGAGUCGUAGUCCCAGUUUCAGCCGGCAAAUUAGUCGGCGUUCCGGUGAUAUCAGCCCAAUUCCUAGAAAACGUCGAUCCCUUUUAAAUAUCGACGACCGAUUCCGGAAACAUUCACCCAGAAGGGAUUCUCGCUCACAUUCUCGAUCUCCAUGUUCGCCUCCUAAUCGCCAUCGCGGUGGUCGAUAUUCUCGUUCGCCUUUGCCUUUUAAACCGCCCUCUCCACCCACAGACCCCAAUUUAUCUCCAACUGUCUCACGCCGUGGCAGCUUUUCUCCAGAACGACGGUCUCGUUCUAUCUCCCGUUCACCGAGUAAGAGAACUACAUCACCGUCUGAAAAAUCUUACGAUAGUAGCAGACAUCGAUCAUUAUCACCAAAACAUCGGCUUUAUAAACAACAUCCCACCCACCAUAGCAGCACAUCAUAUUACUUCAAUCACUCGCCGAAUAGAAUAUCUUUGGAUGCCCGUAUAAAUAUCGUGCUCAAUGGACCGUCUUCUGGUAACAAUGAAAAUAACAAUAACAUUCAAGCAUACGAAGAUUACGGUCAUUAUGGUCAGUAUGGGCCAGCAGCUUAUAUGUCUUUACCAGGCGACACCAAUAGCUUUUACGCAAACCAAUACGUACACAUUACAAACUCUGGAGCUAGUGGCCCUCCAACACAUGCCAUUCAACAGUCAUACCCAAACCUUAGACCUGUUGGUACAGAUGAAUCAGAGGUAUUUUCAUCAAUACAGCAGCACAUGAACGUGAAUACAUCCAACUUUUACUACAAUCGUUUUGGUACACAGCCUUUCGGAUAUAAUCAACCGUCACCAUUACUAAAGGAGCUACCCAAAGCCACGGUAGCAGUGCAAAAGGGAAAUGUACUUGAAAUUGUUCCAUGUAGUGACUUGCUAACAGGUAACGUCGCAGGAAAUACACAUGCCGAUAGUGAAAAUCGAAUAAAAAAAGAUAGUUCUAAUGAAGAGGUUAUAGAAGAAAAUUCCGGUUCUAACGGUGAGAAAAACAAACGCAGUAUUUUGAAGGCAUUGGAUGGUGAAACAAAUUCAUUGCAGACCGGCUUGGUGAGUGCACCGAAGAAGAAACAAGUAAAUUUCGAAGAUGGAGUCUUUCCAAAUCACAAUAGUGACGAAGAAGACCGUAAGGUGAUAGAAGCGAAAAUACGUGUGAAGAUGCGCAGAUUGAAGAAGAAACAUGGGAUUACGCCAUCAUGUUAUAAUUUGUUCGAAGAUAAAGUCCGUAAAGAAAAGCAAAAAGGAAGCUCCAAUAAAAAGGACCAACAGCCACCGCCACCCCCAAAUGGUUUUCCACCUACAAAUUUGGAGCAGCCAAUUUAUUUGCGAACUCAUACACCAACACCACUUUUAUACUUUCACUUCGAUGGAGUUGUUCAUUCAAUGUAUGUAUCGCAAAUGGAAAGACCAAUACCUCCACGACUUCUUAAUCCGAAGUGUUUAACAUCAAGUAGUAUUGGCAUAGUUACUCAUGCUGAUUCACAAUCUCCACUUUACAUGCAGUCACCAAUUACCGCGGUAGCACCACAUUUGCAUACAAGUAAAAAGGAUACCCUUGCAACAUUCACCCGCCCGAAUAGAAAUGAAAAUCUUUCUCCAAAAGUGAUUUCUUCAACUUCAGCACUGCAACAGACUGGAAGCCCGAAAAUAAAUCUUAAAAUUUAUUCGCCAAUCGAAAAUGUGCACCACACAGAAAUUAGUAAUGUCACAUUGCCGAGUACAUCGCCUAAUAGCAUAAAGGGUAACACCAUUCAUACAAUCUCAUCUGGGCCGAUAGCGAAUCAUUUAUUACCAAAGCGACAAGAUUCUCCAAAAGACGCUGUUAGCACACGUACAAAUAUUUCAAUGGGAUUGUUACCUUUACCCGUAACUCACCCUCCUAUAUCGCAAAAUACACCAAUCACAUCACACACCCGUAUUCCAGUUAUAGGUGUACCACCAACAGUAGUCCCUAAAGUAAUGUCGGCUACAUCAGAACCAUAUAUGCCUGGAUUUCCACAUACAAUGCUACAAAAUACACAUCCACAUCAUUCACUUAAUCAAAAUUACACUGUGCCCCCAUCUAUAGCUCAAACAAACAACCCACAUAUGGCAAUUGGGGUGCAACCAUAUUUUAAUCCCCCGAUUCAUCGAAUGCCCCGGCCCUUACCAAAUUAUAUGGGUCAGCAGAAUCAACCAAGUCCCUCCUCGUCGAACUUGCCUAUCGGUCACUUGGUAGAUCCCGUAGAAACUGCUAAUUCCGACUUGGAUAAAUUUACUAGCCCACAAACGAUGGCGAUUCCAUUCAAUUUUAAAGGACCGUAAAGGAGCUGGUAUUUUACAUUAUAUAUAUAUAAGUAUAGAAUAGAAAUAGUAUUUGUAAACUAAAAGGAUUAGCCAUAAAUUGUUUUUUUUUUUUAAUCAAAUAUGUUCUAUUACUUGAAUCGCCUUAAAUGGAAAAAUACAUAGAAAAUAUGAAUCAGUUGCCGACUAAGGCUCCAUUUAUGUACAUACCUAUAUACAUUUGUGUAUAUAUUUAUAAUCAUUGCGAAACAAUAUCUACAUUUGUGUAAUAAUAUAUGUAUGAAUAUAGAAUACUUUAAAACUUAGCAAAAGCAUUGGUGAAGUUAAAUACUAUAUGCAUAAAUUCAUCGAAUUACAUACAUACAUACAUAUAUGAAAUUAAUUCAUACAUAAUUUUUCAUUUGGUAAUAGAAUUAUUUAUUGUAAGUUGAAUGAAUAUAUAGGCAGAUGUGCAACAAAUUGAUAUCCUUGUAGCAUCAUCGCCUUGAGUAAUCUGCUUGAGCACUGGAGCGUGACCUCAGUAGGCAAGCUUGAAAUCGUCAUUGGGUAGUAAUUUUUUAACUACGUUUUGUAUUCGACUACUAAGUUAUUGUCGUCUAUAUCGGCAGAUCGAAAGCUUUUGGUCAUGGUUUUGGUUUCUAUAGAUUAUGUAUAGUAUACUAGCUUCAACAAGUACGAACCUUCUGUCAACUCUAUUUAUUGUACAUUUAAAUACAAGAUUAAUAUUCAUCUUCAUA